AGCCCUCGCCAUAGCGUGCGGGACGUUAACGGUUCCUGAGGGUGGGGGGGCAGGAAAAGGAGCCGCGCGCACCCCGGGCCUGACGGCGCGCACCCUCUCCCCCAGCAGGACCCCGUCUUGAUCCGGCCUCUCCGAGGCCACAGAGCGGCGGUGACGGGCGUCGCCUUCAACUCGGAUGGCGCGGGGCUGGGUGAGUGCGGGGGGCCGGCGGCGGGGCAGGGCGCCGUUUGCUUUCCGGGCGGGGCGGCUCACUCGUUCCCUUCCCUCCCUCCUUCCCCCUCUCCCUCCUUUCCGGACGCUGGUCCGGGAGCGGAGGCGGGGCGGGCUCCCGCGGAGGCGGGGCGGGCUCCCGCGCCGGCCGGGCGGGCCGAGGAGUCUCUGCCCCUUCCUUAAGCGACAACUUUUUGAGCAAACCACAAGGCGGGAGGAGGGGUUUGUCCCGCGGCGAGAGAGGAGGAGGAGGAAGUAAGUGAGGGGAGCGCCGAGGCCGGAGGGGCGGGGGGGGCUGCUCCGUGCCUCCGCUGCUGCCCCGCACCUCCCGCCGUCCCCCGGGAGGCCUCUGGGCCCGCCACCGAGGGACUGGCUGCGAACUCGGCCGGCCGCCCGAGCCCGAAGCCGGGAGUGCCCGCAGCCCCUUCCGUGCUGGGGACGCGGGGGGCAGCCAGCAGCAGUUCGCGGAGCCCCUCUCUGCUCGGGGCUGCUCUUAAUCGCCUGCGAUGAGGAUCCGGCUGGCGAGAAGAUGGACGUGGGUCCGCAAAAGCUGCGUGUUUCUCGCCUUCUUGACGAUCGCUUACUUUGUGGUCGAGCUGUCCGUUUCUUCCUUCGGGGCCUCCCUCGGUGUGGAGAGCAUCACCAAAGGGAAAUGGGAGAGGCGAUUUUCUGACCGAGCAGGCGAGGCUGUGGAUUUGGCUCGUCCAGUUUAUGACAAAUCCCCGCCUGAUCCUUAUGCCCCUGGAGAAUGGGGUAAGCCCUCUCGCCUGCAGCUGAGUCCCGAGGAAAAGAAACAGGAAGAAGAGCUGAUUGAGAAGUAUGCGAUUAAUAUCUACUUGAGUGAUAAAAUCUCCCUCCACCGGCACAUUGAAGAUAAUCGACUGAGUGGCUGUAAAAGUAAAUCUUAUGACUACAGAAGAUUGCCCACGACGUCUGUUAUAAUUGCUUUCUACAAUGAAGCCUGGUCAACGUUGCUACGGACGAUACAUAGUGUUCUUGAAACAUCACCUUCAGUGCUUCUAAAAGAAAUUAUACUGGUGGAUGACUUGAGUGACAAAGUGUAUUUGAAGACUGAACUUGAAAAAUACAUAAGCAGUCUGAAAAGAGUUCGUUUGAUAAGAACAAACAAACGAGAAGGAUUGGUUCGUGCACGUUUAAUUGGCGCCACUUUUGCUACUGGUGAUGUCCUCACGUUUCUGGACUGUCACUGUGAAUGUGUCUCCGGCUGGCUGGAACCACUGCUCCAGAGGAUUGCUGAGAAUGAGACUGUUAUUGUUUGUCCUGUCAUUGACACCAUUGACUGGAAAACAUUUGAAUACUACAUGCAAACGUCAGAGCCCAUGAUCGGGGGGUUUGACUGGCGGCUAACAUUCCAGUGGCACUCGGUGCCUAAACACGAACGUCUCAGGCGCAAAUCUGAAACCGACCCAAUCAGAUCCCCAACUAUGGCUGGUGGCUUGUUUGCUGUCAGUAAGAAGUAUUUUGAGUACCUGGGUACCUAUGAUACAGGAAUGGAUGUUUGGGGCGGGGAGAACUUAGAAUUAUCAUUUAGGGUUUGGCAGUGUGGAGGCAUUUUGGAAAUUCAUCCAUGCUCCCAUGUAGGCCAUGUGUUUCCAAAGCGUGCACCAUAUGCUAGACCGAAUUUCCUGCAGAACACGGCACGUGCUGCUGAGGUGUGGAUGGAUGAGUACAAAGAGCAUUUUUACAACAGAAAUCCUUCAGCCAGAAAAGAAAACUAUGGAGAUAUUUCUGAAAGAAAAAUACUAAGGGAGCGUUUGAAAUGCAAGAGUUUUAACUGGUAUUUAAAAAACAUAUUUCCUGAGCUGCAUGUACCAGAAGAUCGUCCUGGCUGGCAUGGUGCUAUCCGCAGUGCAGGAAUACCUUCGGAAUGCCUUGACUAUGUCUUACCAGAACAUCAUCCUACUGGGGCUCACCUUUCUCUCUUUGGAUGUCAUGGUCAGGGAGGCAAUCAAUUUUUUGAAUACACAUCAAAUAAGGAGAUUAGAUUUAACUCUGUAACUGAGCUAUGUGCUGAAGUCCCUGAGCAUGAAGAUUUUAUAGGUAUGAGGAACUGCCCAAAAGAUGGAUCUCCUAUCCCAGAAAUUAUUAUAUGGCAUUUCAAAGAAGAUGGAACUAUCUAUCAUCCUCAUUCAGGAAAGUGCCUUACAGCUUAUCGUACAACUGAGGGGCGUGCUGAUGUGCAAAUGAGAACUUGUAAUGCUGCAGAUAAAAAUCAGAUUUGGAAAUAUGAGAAAUAAUAAUUGCUGGUAGUACAAAUCUAAUGGACUGUGGUCUCCAAGGUUUUUACAUGCGUGAGCAGAUAGUGAUGCUUGAUUGUAUACCUUGGAAUGUCUUCAGAUGCGUCUAUAGUGGUGUAGAAGCUCUAUCUCUGUGGUGAACUGUAUGGAAAGAAAAAGUAAAUACUGGGGUUUAGUUUCUAAAAUGUUGAAUACAGAUCUAAUGCCUUUUAUUUUUGUAAAAUUUUGAUCUGUUAUUUUCUUACUCCAGUCUGUCUUCAUUAGAGUAAAACAAAGGCUUUUGCGUGGAAUGAGGAGGUAUUUUUUUCUUAAAAAAAAUUAUACACAUUAAACUUGCAAGAUAAUGUUACAUGAAAGUAAAGCUUCUUUACUUAACAGAAGUAAAAGUUAAGGUCCUUGCAGUGGAAUUAACUGACCUAUGUUGCAGAUACAUUUAUAACACAUGUAUCUAACACCCUAAGUAAUGCUGCUGUAGCAUGUGAUUGAACUCAUGUUGAUGUGGAAAGUUGAAUCUUAAGCCUUGUAAUAUUCUGCAGUUUUCUGGGAAUUUGCAUGCUCUUAAGGGUUUCAGGGUGACAACUAGCUAUAUUACAUUGAAGAAAAAGAAUUUUUUCUAGUAGAUGGGCUUUGGCACUGUUUUGCAGUCUUGUGCCUAUUCUGGAAAACUUACCUCAUGAGGGUGACUCAGGAGCUCUCACGCGUUUAGAGAAGAGUGUAGUAGCAGCGGAACUGAGGACAUGCUGGCGGUACCACAAAUGGGAAGAAAUAGGUAUGGCUACGAGUAAGAAUUCUGUUUAAAGGUAAUGGAGAAGGGGAGAAAGCAUAGAAUAACAUUAGCUACUGCUGUUUUGUAGCUAUGUAUUUAAUAUUUAUGUUGCCUCUGUGUAAGUUUUUCCAUGUUAAGCCUGGCAUCCUAGGGACUAUACCGUGCAUCCUUUCUUUUUUUUUUUUUUUUUUUGUCUGUCAGUGGGGUGGAGGAAGGAGACACAGAGGAAAACUUGAGCUGUUUUAUUUUGCAUCGUGUGUUUUGACAACAGCUGGCAUACAUCAGCCCUAGGUAGAGUUUUGAAGUAAUGCAGCAUAUGCUGCCUCUUGCUAGUCACAAUAGUACCAUGGGAGACCUUGGGUAAGGUUGGGAAGCUGGAGUCCCUGAAGUGAAGGCAGUUAAAAAGGCAAAGGGCAGCUUGGAGAAAACCAAGAUUUGUUGGUUAGGUGAUUUACAGAACAACUUAUUUAGAAUGUUUUCUGUAUCCUAUUUGCUGAGUUUUGAAGAAUAUUGAUUCUUGAAUCAUGUCGCUAAUCUGAGUGUGAUUAUAAACAGUAGAUGUGAUAGAUAUAUUGUGUACUUGAAAAGGAAUCUUGUGUUAAUAUCAGUGUUUUUUAGAUUUAUAUGAUUUAACUUGAACACUUAUCUUAAUGUUUCAGGCAUUCCAGCUUUUUUGAUUACUUUCACCGAAGUAAUAAAUGUUCUUCAGUAGCCACAGCGUAGUAAUUCUCAACAUGGAGCUGGUAGGUAGGAAUUUGAGCCUACUGAGCAUUAAGAAUCUGGACGCUUGAGGAAUGUAGUAGUUAUGCAUUUGCUGCAGGUGUUAGUAGGUAGAAGGAUUAAAAGGGAGCAAGUGAGACCUGAAAUAAGUGAAGACUUGCCAAAAAUAAAGCGAGAGUAAACUAAGAUAUAUUCUUGAAUUUUAGUGGUUUAAAGAGUUGAGAGCUUUGGGUUGAAGCAGGCUAAGAUAGAGGGGGAAGAAAAUUUGGAGCUGAGGAUGUAGCGUUGAAUCAUGCUAAAAUUGUUUGCCACUGUGUGGCAUGGGUUGUUUUAAGUCAUUAACUUAUUUUUAGGAGCUUACUUGCAAUUUGAUUAUUUUUUUUUUCCCUAAGCUGACUUUUUUUUUUAAAAAGGGCACUUCUUUACUAUAUAAGGGUGACAUUCCUGAAAAAUUCCAUUCCGCUCUGCAGCAAGGAAUUCUUUUGUGGACUUACAAGUUGUGAACCAUUUAUCAAAUUUUAAAAGGCAGCCAGUCCUUAUGUACUGGGGCAAUAAAUUAUAUAAAAGUAUGUGCUUUUGUGAAAAGCUUGCAGUAGAUUGUUAUAUCCAAUAGAAAUGACAGGAAAAAGACCUGGGUUCUCCUACAUGGCAGAGCAUAAAUUGUAUGUGCAAUGCAUGUUUCCUCAGAUGAAAGUAAUUAAAUGGUGUGAAUAUAGACUAUGCAACUUUUAUACAAUUAACUUUUUUAGGACUUGGCAAAAACUAAAUUUCAUAUAAAGAACUACCUUCAAGUUAAAACUGACAUUCGAAGUGUUCCUUAUCUAUUUAAGCAAUAAGUCUAAGUGAAUCUGCCUCUUAAAAUUUGUGUGUAUCUGAACACUUCUUCCUCCCUCCACCUGCUAUUCUAUUUUUGUGGUUAUAUAAAAACUAAAAGAAAAAAACCCCGAAAGUAAAUAACCUGGCCCUAAAGUUAAAAAAACUAAAUUUCUUCUGAAUGGGAAUAAAAAGGUUGAGAGGGGAAGAGGGGCUAGAGAAGGAGAGAGGCAGAGAAGGAAAAAAAAAAAAAAACCAAAACUUGCCAUUUCAAGUUUCCCUAGUUUUGAACUGAGUUGCAGCAAUUCUACAGAAAUACUCCAGUUUUUCAGUGUGUAAAGAUUUCUGGAAAAUCUGAAACUCUGAAAGAUUUUUCUAUUCUGCUAGACUUUGAAAAUUUGGGGAACACUUGUAUAUAUUUUAAACUACUGAUUUUAAGUGACUUAAAAGAAAUUGAAUGUAAACUUAACACUGAAUAAAUGUGGGAGGGCUUUGGGGUUUCUUUUGGAAAAAAUAAAAUCCAGAAUGAUAAUUAAAUGUCUGGCUAGUGUGCUGACUCUUUUCAGUUCUCUUUCACUUGCGUAAGUACAUAGAGUAUACAAUA